ACAAAAUUACCGAGCACAGCUCGGCGUAAUUUUUGACAGAGCAGCAAAGUUCCUCCCCCUUCACCACUUCUACCAUCCUCCCCACAACAAUAACAUUAAAUGUGAAUCGAGCCACAGGAUAAAGAUGAAGCUGAAUGAAUCUACGUGCGAUUGUGGGCGGUUGGUGUAAUUCAUCUUCCAGCGGAUCAAUUUUCAUUGUGCCGUACGUGUCUACAUUCGUGGAGGGUUUUCAUAUCGUCGAUACUUCCACCUCUUCAACUGGUUCGCCGAUUCAUGAGUUCUAAAAUUUCACCUCUUAAUUUGUGAAUAUCGAAUAACUCCACACGAUCAUCUUGGAGGAAUCAACCUUGCAUGAUGCUAAUUUUGAUCUUAGAAGUUUAAAGUAUCUCAUCUUUUCUUUGGCCGUCGGCUCCCACAUAUUUUUCAACGUCCUAGUAACUGGUUCAACGCAACAUGGGUUUGUGCAAGUGUCCAAAACGAAAAGUCACCAAUCAAUUUUGCUACGAGCACAGGGUCAAUAUCUGUGAACACUGUAUGGUAGCAAAUCAUUCCAAAUGUAUUGUUCAGUCAUACAUCCAGUGGCUACAAGACAGUGAUUAUGAUCCUGUUUGUCAGUUGUGCUAUAAGAAACUUGUUCUGGGAGACUGCAUUCGUCUAACUUGCUACCAUGUGUUUCACUGGAAAUGUUUAGAUGAGUACGCAAGGCAAUUACCGUCAACAACAGCUCCUGCCGGGUAUUCUUGUCCAACAUGUCAUUCAAAAAUAUUUCCUCCAAGCAAUCUUGUAUCUCCAGUUGCAGACGAGCUUAGAGAAAAAUUAGCCGGUGUCAACUGGGCACGAAUUGGUCUCGGAUUGCCCAUUCUUAGCAUAGAUCGGGAGAAAAAACCACCGAAUGAUGUCGAUUCAAGUCUUCCGAAUGGAAUGGAAAAUUCAAGCAAUCAUGUUGACGUAGUUGUACAUAUCCAGGACUCAUCGCCAUCAUACAGUCUUUCAGAUAAUUCCAAUCAAGUUCCACGCCGCGGACUAUUACAGUCAUCAGAACAAAGUUCUAAGGAGCCCUUGAUCUUUCCUGAUCAUGAUGAAAACAAGUAUAAAAGGAGAUCAUUCACUGAUUGGUUUAAAAGAUGGUGGAUGUCUGUCAACCGUCAAUCAAGAAGUAAGCCAAGCAGUCAUUUGUACAAGCGAUAUUGUAUGGUGGGGGUCCUCUUCUUCAUUGCGCUAAUAUGUCUUAUCGUAGUAUUCAAGAAGUUGGGGAGUAUGGCCACAGAAAAUGACCCCAUUUUUGAUCCACAUCACAACUCGUUUGUCAAAGUGGAAAUGGAGUGAAAAAUUCAGCACUACGUGUCCUUUAAUGGUGUCAUAUUUUAUGAAUGCAAUAUCACUGUUCUCACAAUUCAUUUCAACAUUUACCACCAAAGAGUUUCGAAGAGAAUUUUUAAGAAACGUUACGUUUUGACAGCAAAGGUGGCUCAGGAUGAGGUACAAAGAUUUUAUGAAUCCACUUUUUAGGUUCUAAUAAGACUAUUUGUAGUAUUAAUGGAUUACAUUUUGCAAUUAAGAACUAAAAUUUCUGGCUCAAUUGAGAAACAGCAUGUGUGCCAUUUGUUUAUGUAUGAGCUAGCGAGUUUAGUUCCUUAUUGCAAAAUUCAGUCCAGAUGUUCUCUGAAAAGCUUCUCAUGACCCUUGAAAAUUUUCCAAGAGGAAUCCUCUUAUUUUUCAAUACUCAUUGUGGCAAUGCUAAUUGAUUGAACAAAAGGGUAGUGGGUCAGUGGUGUAACAUUUUUGCAGAGUAUCUAACAAGCGCUCCCAACAUAAAAUUUCAUAAAAAUCCAAAAAGUCCAAUUAAAGGUUUCAAACAGUUUUUCUAAGGGGAGAAAAUGAUGAUUGAAAUAAGAUCAAUCAGAGGCCGACAGUUGUGAUGACGUAACAAGGCCAUGUUUUCAGCUGAACUUUCUGUGUUGUUUCGAACCCAAAAAAUAUUUGAAGCUUAACCCUUUCACCACUUGAAGGAAAUGGAUUGAAAAAUUAGGUGUCAAUGACCCUUUUUUGGUUUUUGGAAGUAUUUUUAGUGCUAUUAAAAUUUGACUUAAACAAAGCGAUAGUUCAUUUUAACUUUUAAGAAGAGCUUUGUUGAUUGUGAAAGCACAGAAUGCUCCUAAAUCUUCUUUCUUAAGCUCAGAACGCUCCUAAAUCUUAUUUCAAGGUUUCCAAUGGAGCACUCAAUAUCCCUGUCAAAAACCGAUGUUCACAUUAUUUUGUAAAAAAAAUUUAUAAAAAACUUUCAAAACCUAGAAGACUGCAGCUCCCACAGGAAUCGUUAUUUUUAAACAAAUAAACCCCUUAUCAACAUCGUAUUAAAACGGUAACGUUGGACUCCCAGAAUCUCUUUUUUAGUUCCUGAGCCAUGCUGUAUCGCGAGAUGUCACUUUUUAGCCAGUUUUGGUAUAGUAUCCUCUGUCAAAAAUCAAUUAGGAUGGAACUUAUUUAAGUUUUUAUUUCUCAAUAUUUUUUUAAGGAAAUUAGAGUUUUGAGAGGUCCUGUCCAUGGAAUAAACAUCAAGUCAUCUGCGCUGGCAUAACCAUUUUUAUAAUUUUGGAGGAAGAUGAUCCAACUUAUUUGUUGGGAAUAGGCACAGAAUAUUUUUCCUUCAAAGAUAAAAUUUGUAGAAAUUUUCAAUGCACUCUACAUUGGCUCUAAUUUUUUGCUUAGUAAAAUGGAAUCAGCUGAAGUUAAAGGCCGUAAAAAUUAACUUCAGUUAAUGUGAUGAUGUUUUAGAGUAAUUUUUAUUCAAAUUUAAGCAAGCGAUUAUUUUAAUCGAAAUUCCUUUCUUUUUUUACUAUUUCACUUUAUCGUGUCUGUGAUUAGCCCCUUUCCAAUUUCGUAUCAUUUUAUUUCGUUAAUUUUCGAGUGUUGCUAAAUUUUGUAUUCGAGGAGGAAGGUGGGUAAAUGAUGUUUGAGAAAUUUGCGCUUUAAGUUUUAAAAUGUCAAAUAAAAUACAUCAAACUCAAAAUUCUGUUUUUUUUUUUUUUUAUUUUAUUGUAAGCAGGCUUUGCCGUUCACAUUAACAGUAGUCUUCAUUUCACGAAAACAUCACUAUGUGACUGAAAAAGCAGUUUAUCACAGUGAUGGAAAUGCCGUUUUUUUGGCGAACUACUUUUAGCCGGGGAAAAGUGCCAGGAAAAUACAUUUAUAGUAUAAAAAGGUGAAACACGAUUCAGUGGAAAAAAAUUCCCUUCCGUCAAGGUAAAAGUAAGUUAAAACAGAUUUGAAAUGAUUCAACCUACUCUUGGGGAAGACUGUCAAGAGAACUUUCCAAUUUCUAUUUUUCUUGAUCUUACUGCCUUUUUUAUCCAAUUUGGCACCGUGUGUGAAGGCUUGCUCGCAGAGGGCAAUAUUCUUUUUAAAAUGCACGUUGUCUGUAAUCUUUUCCUUCUUUCUUUGAAGUUACGUCCAUGUCUUGCCCUAAAAUUAAUAGAUGGAUUUGUCAUUUUGUGUGGUAACUUGUGAAAACAUUCUGAAAUUGAAUGCUCAAAGAAGUGCUCUUAAAAACUGUUGUCGGCUCUUUCGCAUCAUUUUGCCACCUCCUUCAUGUUACCAUACUCGUGAAAUGGUUCUGAAAUUUACAAACAAGGGAGUUCUUCUUUUCUUCCCCUUUGAGGUGCUUGUCUUUUGCUUCGCGGAUGGAUAAUUCUAAAAGCAGCUGGAGUAUUUUAGCAUGAUACCAGUUUUUUGCUUAUAAUAAUUAUUGUGCUGACCUCUACUAUUGAGUGCUCUUUUUGUGAGGGAAGAUAUACUUUCCUUGUUGGAUUUUUCAAUUUAUGUACACAUGAGUGUCCAUUGUGUAAUUCAAAAUUCAAUCGCUGUCACAGGAAUCAAGUUGUAUGUGCUUGGAAAAAAAUAAGGCACCCAAAAUUUAAUUUUGAAAGCGUAUUAUCAUAAUAGGCGAGAUUAGUCUUAUUUUCUGCUUCUUCAAACGUUCCUUACACCAACAGGUAAAAUGUUGAAAUUGAAGAGGGCUAAAAAUAUAGUCAAUAACUAUUCAGUUGUUUUUAUUUUUUUACUUGAAAAUUAUGUAAUUAGAAAUUAUGUAUAGAUAUUUGUUAAAAAUAAUACAUUUUUCCUCAUAAAAUUCA